CCUCCUCUUCCUGCUGAUUUACUGCAAAAAUAACUUGGAGGCUCUUUGUGAACAUCUUGGUUCUGCUUUUGUCUGCGAGCGGAUUGACAUCAGAGCAGGAAGCUUCAUCAUGUAAAGAAGAGGAAACUUCUUCAGCGACAGUGAGAAGAAAAACCUGCAUCAUGUCCCGUAACUCCGACCCGUACAUCUUCACCACCGACACCCUCCCCAGCGACCUGCGUUUCCUCCCUCCGCUUGCAAAUGGCCUCCUGGGCUGGAAGGUGUUCAGCAGCGUCAUGCACAUGGGUGGAGUUUAUAACGGGGAGGCUGGACACUGCCACCGCGCCGACGUCCCCUGUCCUCUGGCUGUGAAGAUGGAGGCAGAGGACCCCGCCCAACACAGCUACACCCUGGACACCCACACAGGUGUUUUCUGCCACACGCUGAGCUCAGCCACGGGGACCGCCACCCAGUCGCUGUAUUCUCAUCGCUUUUACCCCAACAUCUUGGUGAUGGAGGUUCUGUUGGAACGCCACGUGACCUCAGAGGAGGCGGUUACAGUUAAUCUGGUCAGCUCAUUCACCCCUCAGAGCAAAGACAUUCACUUUGAGUCCUGUCCGGACUACAAAGGUGGAAGGCACAUUGAAGGACAAACGACCACGGCUGAAUUCCCCGGAGGCUCCUGUCCCACCGUCCAUCUUAUCUGGACGCCCGUUCCUUCCUCUCUGACGCUGCUGCCGCAGCAGACGAACGCUCGCUGGGGGUUCUUCCUGGUCGUGGCCAACAGCUUGGAAGCUGCCACGUCCAGCUAUGAUGAGGGCUUGAACCUGAUGGUGACCGGAGACCUUCGCCCGUCUCAUGAGGAGGCCUGGAAGGAGCUGUGGCUGCAGAGCAAGGUGGAAGUAACGGGUUCUGAGACCCUCUGCAAAGCUCUUAUCGGCUGCAUGUUCUAUCUUCUUAGCGCCUUCCCGUCCAUCCAUGACACCUCCAGCUGCUUUGGAGGGGUGAGUCCAGGCGGGCUCUCUAAUGGCGGCGACGGCCAGGAUUACUGGGGCCAUGUUUUUUGGGAUCAGGAUGUUUGGAUGUAUCCAGGAAUUGCUCUUUUCUACCCUAAGCUCGCCCGAACUGUGCUGGAGUACCGGGUGGGAACGAUAGAUGGCGCAAAAGACAACGCCCAGAAGCAGGGCUAUAAGGGAUUGAAGUUCCCGUGGGAGAGCGCCGUGUCUGGGAGAGAGGUGUGCCCAGAGGACAUCUAUGGGCAACAAGAGAUCCACAUCAACGGAGAUGUCACGUUGGCCUUUCAACACUAUCUCUACCUCACUGAGGUAACCCCCCGAUUUACCAGAUGCUUCAUCUUCUUGCAUUUAGGUGUGAUGCCACCAGAUGAAUAUUACUACAACGUCAACAACUCUGUGUACACAAACACUGUGGCCAAACUCAGUCUCCAGUUUGCCGUUGAGCUGGCGGAUCUUCUUCAACAUCCGGCACCAAACGAAUGGAGAGAAGUUGCUGAGGGUAUCAGCAUACCUUUCGACCAAGAGUUGCAGUUCCAUCCUGAGUUUGACGGCUACAGUAAAGGUCAGCCGGUGAAGCAGGCCGACACAGUGAUGCUGGGGUAUCCCCUCGGCCUGCCGAUGACGCCUGCGGUUAGGAGGAAUGAUCUGGAAGCUUACGAACCAGUCACAGACCCAAACGGGCCGGCCAUGACAUGGGUGAGUUAUUCCGUUUAUUUUCAUAGCCUGGACUGGCAAUCAGCAGUAAUUCAGCGACGGCUUCAUCUCCUCUCCCCGUAGGUAUGGAGCGAAUCAUCGGACGGCUCUGGAGCCGUGAACUUUCUCACAGGUAUGGGAGGAUUCCUGCAGGCGGUGCUGUUUGGCUACACCGGUUUCAGGGUUCAGAAGGAACGCUUGAUCUUUUCCCCGCUGCUUCCGGACGACAUUUCAGAACUGUGUCUCCGCGGCAUUAACUAUCUGGGCAAUCAGAUGGACUGGCUGCUCAGGAAAGAUGACGUCUGCAUAAUACUCAGGCAGCAGACUGGCAGAGCUGGAAACGCUAACCCCCGUCAGCUGCAGGUUGUCCUGAAGGCAUCAGGAGCUAAAAUCCCUCUAACAGCAGGACAGCCGGUGACUUUUCCUCGCGAGGCGGGCUAUAUAUGUAAAAUGGACCCGCCGUCUUCCUGCUGGCCACUUUGAAACAGGAUCAGUCGCCCUCUUUAUUGUGUUUAAAGGAAAACUUGCAAAGUUACUAUUUCUGCAAUCUUUUGUUACAUCUUCCAAUUUUCAAUGAUGAACAUGAAAAUAAUGCCUAAUGAUAUAAAGGGACAAUAAGGGAUAAUUUAGUAUAAUUUGUGCUUUAAGCUUGGAGGAUAUUUUCCUAAACGAUUUCCAAAUUGUUGUUUUGGUUAAUUAAAAAGAUAAAGAUAUUGUUUCGUUAACUGGGUUUCUGUGUGGUGGUGAAUAAGGAAAUGGUUGGAAACAUUCUGCUGAAGUUUCUGAUAAAACAUCUAAAAAAGUUAAAAGUCUUUUCAAUGUAAAAACCCUUUAUUGUUUAUAAAGAGUUGUAAGUUAGUUAUUUUCACAAUCGAAGGCACACUGGAAAUAAACUGGAUCUGGGUUAUGAAGAAUGGAUUU